CCCUAGUUCCCUUGAUUUCUCGGCGAUGCUUCGUGGGGUCUUGGGGCUCUUACCUCUUCGUCCCCUUUCCCUCCACCCUGUGUCCUCUGGAAGCCCGGAGGUCUCGGCGGCUGCGACCGUGCUCCUCGCUGCACCGCACGGAACGUUCAGGACAAAAAAUAAUAUCCAAAGAUAUUUUGGCACUAACAGCGUGAUCUGUAGCAAGAAAGAUGAACGGUCUGAUCCACCUGGUGAGAUUCCCAAGGAGACUCCAGGGAACAAAGAUGGUGGAAAGGAAAAUACAAAGAAAGACUUGCUGGAUAUCAUUAAGAGCAUGAAAGUCGAACUAAGCACAGUGAAUGUACAAACCACAAAGCCACCCAGCAGAAGACCACUUAAGAGUUUGGAGGCUACAACUGGCAGGUUUCAAAGAGCUAUGGAGCUUGCCCCAAAGAAGAGCGAUGAGCCCCUGCAUCCUGAGUUGGUGGUGGCUGCAGCUGCAGUUGCAGAUUCGCUCCCUUUUGACAAGCAGAGGACCAAGUCCGAGCUGCUCAGGCAGCUCAGGCAGCACGAGGAAGACACCAGGGCGCAGAGAGACGCAGAGAGACCCAGAAUCAGUUUUGGCAGCAUAAUAUCAGACAUGAAAGUUGCCAGAUCUGCCACCAUUAGAGUCAGUACAAGACCAGAACAUCAGAUCCAGUUUGACGAAGGAUCUGAUGUUUGUCCUGGCCAGGAGGAGACUGCCGAUCUUAGAAAAAG